UAAAAUUGUUUGUGCAAUAUAACAGAAUUUCUACUAAGCAAAUCGAAAUAUUUUACCAGUGAAGAACAGGAUGGGAACUGAUUAUUUUCCAAAUACUUAUACUGGGCUUGCUUGUUUUCUGUGCUUCUUUUUUGUUUUAAUAAGAACGUGGAGGAGACGACAUCUUUAUUACAGCGCAUUUAAAGUAAAUGGACCUAUACCUUUUCCUCUAAUUGGAAGUGCUUAUGUAUUUUUUGGACACACUCAAAAUAUUUUGGAAAGUUUUACACGUUUGAAACGUAAAUAUGGACUUUUUUAUAAACUCUGGAUGUCUUCCGAUUUAUAUUUCGUUGUCAUGAAACUUGAUCAUGUGAAAGCAAUUCUAAAUAACUGUUCGGAAAAAUUUUCAACCAUGAAAUUUGUGGACCCGGUUUUUGGAAAAGGACUUCUUACUUUACCAGCGACUGAGUGGAAAAUUCAUCGAAAAUUAUUAGGAGGGACUCUAAAUCAGGAAAUUUUGAAUUCAUAUGUUGACAUUUUCGCAAAUUACUCAAACGUCUUGGUGGAAAAACUUGAAGGCACACUUGAUGCAGGUUUUGUUGAUAUGUUUCCAAUUUUUGCACAAUGCAUGACGGAUGUUCUUUGUGGUACAAUCCUGGGUACUGAUCUCAAAGUUAUGAAAAAAAAUGGACCCGAUGUGAUUUUGUGGACGGCUAAAUUAGGGGAGCUGAGUGUGUUACGUAUAUUUAAUCCUCUUCUUCAUCCAGAUUUUAUGUGGAAGAAAUCAUCUCUCUCAAAACAAACAAACGCUAUAUUACAUAAUGUUCAGCGUCUAAUUAAAAAAAUUCUGGAAAGUAAGCGACGCGAAAAGUCGUACCUCAAAUUAGAGCAAGAGCCAAAUUUGUUGAAUUACAUGUUGAAGUUAGAAAAUACGGAAACAACAUGGAACGAAGAAAUGUCAGCUGAAGAAACUCAAGCAUUUCUAAUUGCAGGUGCCGAUGCAACGUCUCUUACCUUAGGUUACGUUCUGAUGAUGUUAGCCAUGCACCAAGAGAUCCAGAAACAAGUAUUCGACGAACUAGAUUUUGUUUUUGGUGGUAGCAACAGAAACGUCACUUUAGAAGAUCUGCACCAGCUUUCACUUCUUGAACGUGUGGUUAAAGAAACUUUGAGGAUUUUUCCCGUCGCGCCACUAGUUGGAAGGUACUUCACCGAAGAUCUUGUUGUCGGAAAUUUUACUUUUCCGAAAGGGAGCUCCGCCUUUAUCCCCAUUCUUUGUAUUCAUAGAGACAACGAAAUUUGGCCUAAUCCUCUCAAAUUUGACCCUGACAGAUUUUUGCCGGGCGAAACGGCCAAAAGACACCCCUUUUCCUUUAUACCGUUUAGUGGUGGUCCUCGAAAGUGUCUAGGUCCUACGUAUGGCUACAUGUCCAUGAAGGUCGUUUUGGCGACGAUUUUGAGGCAUUAUAAAGUUGUUGCGACGAGUUAUAGAGAAAUUUCUGAAAUUGAAAUGAAGAUUGAUGUGUCUGCUAGAUGUGUGAAGGGACAGAAUGUUAUAUUACACAAAAGAUAGGGUUUUCAGAAUGAUGAUGUACGUUUGGAGAAUAAAUUUGCAGAAGUUUA